GAACAUUCUAUUUCUGUGUGACUGACUGGUAAAAUUUUCCAUACUUCGUCUAUAUUUUUAAUUUGUGACGAAAGUAUUUUAAACUGCUUUCAAAAGUUUCCAUCGUAAUUGAAAAUUAAAAUAUGCCCUCAUCCUAUUCUCUAAAUUUGAAAUUAUAAUAGUGUUACCGUAGCUCACGCUCAACAAAACGCCGAAGAAUUGAAUUUUCGACUUAACUUCUCUCAGUAUGGAAGAACGACAAAAGGAGACAAAAGAUGAGAAGGAGAAGGAGGAAAAGGAACAAGAAGCAUUAAUAAUUGCCACUGCGGAUACCCAACUAGUUUCGGAAAUUACUGCAAGUACUAUGGAUGCUGAGGAAAGCUUAGAUUUAUUGCUUCAGGAUGACUCAGUGAGGGAGCCCUCGUUCAACGAAGGCAAUUUUAUGAGUCACAAUUGUUGACUUCGGCCUCCACCCCUAUUUGUCCCGCUUCGGCUGUGAAGAGGCUGCUGCAUCUUUCCAAUGAUAGCAGCGAAGAUAACAGAACCCCUCCGAAAAAGCUUCGCACCGAAAUGAUUCCGAAAUUGGCGGUGGUCGACGCAAACCAAGAUAGUGACGGGGGAUCUGACUCGUGGAAGAGUCACGACGAAAAUCGGCUCAUGAAUCAUCCAUCUGACGCCCACCAAAAAGGUGGCAGCUUUAUCCUGGACACGGGAGCCGCCGACGCCGACGCCGACAGCCACCACAAAAACGACAGCUUUUGCCAGGAGCACAACGGAGCCGGCGCCACCUCCUCCUAUGAUUCUCACCAAGGCCACAUUUAUCGCACGGGCAUGUCCAGCGAUAGACUAUUAGACAUGCGCACAUCUCCCACAAAACAGCAGUUGGUGCGCAUGGUGGAGAAUUUGAACAGAAAGUUUGCCAAAUACGAGAACAACUAUCCGUGCUACAACAAGAAUGAGCUAUUGGAGAACUCUGGGAAGAAGUUGACAUUUGUCAUGAAUGCUGUAUGUGUGGUUGAAAUGAAGGAUGAAACUGUGCUCAUAUCAGGUCGAUCGCCCUGUGUGAAGAGCCCCACCUGAUGCCAGCUAACACAUAUUGCAGUAACGAGCCUCCGUACCCGGGCUGUAUGGGUGGCCAUCACAACGGUAGUAGCGAUGCUGACAGAUCUUCGUCACUUACUAACGGUUCAUCACAGGUGAGUGGACCAGGCCCGUGAGGUUCCUCAGUUGACUCAUUUGGCGCGGAUAACCCA